UGACGGUUUACCCACGUACGAAAGAAUACGUUAUAGAAGUUAAAAUUCAGCUACUUAGGAGUCAAGUCGUAACAUUAAGGUAAAGUUCUUCCUAGAAAAACAAGUGCAAAAGCUAAGGGUGUCGUUUAGUUUGGUGACGUUUGUCAACAGUUUGUCUUCGGGAUAAAGCCGUGUACGAUUCGAAAUGCCUUUCAUAAAUGAGACACCGGGUGACAAGAAGGUACUGACAAAAGAAAUGGAAGGUGUGACAAACGAAGCUUUUCAUUCAGAGGAUAUUGAACAAGGAUCGAACCAAACUGAACCACACCAAGUGGGAAACUGCGGGAAUAUUAACACGGAAGAUACACACACAAAUAAAGGGGAUGAAGUCAAAAUUGUCGCCAAAGUCAAAGCUGUGAAAUCAUUUCUGUCUUGCUGUAAGGAAUGGCUAACAGGUACCAACUUCUUUGUGUACAUCAGUCAUUUUUUGUCGGCAUGGGGAGAUCGUAUGUGGGCAUUCGGUGUGGGAUUGUUCCUGAUAGAAAUAGCCUCCAAAUCCCUGCAAUUGACAGCUAUAUAUGGUCUGUGUUCUGCUUUCACCUACCUAUUUUUCGGCGCCUUAGUUGGGGAUUGGGUUGAUAAAACAGCCAGGUUGAAAGCUGCUCAGAUAUCGUUGGCAUUACAGAAUAUAUUUGUAAUAUGUUGUGCUGCUGUGGUUUAUGUACAUCUGUGGUUCAUGGUUUAUAUCAAGAGCCAGUGGAAUGGUUGGAUGUUAAUCUUGAGCUAUGCGGUCAUCAUUAUUCUGGCUAUAUUAGGUAACAUGGCCAGUAUGGCUAGAACUAUUGCUGUAGAAAAAGAUUGGAUUGUGGAAAUCUGUGGUAGAGAUAAAGAUAUGCUAGCACAAAUGACGUCAACUUUAAGAAGAAUUGAUCUUGCAACCAAAAUCCUGGCUCCAAUAGCUACAGGACAGAUAAUGACGUAUGUUGGGUUAGAGUUUGGUGCGGUCUUUAUUGGAGGCUGGAAUUUGGUGACAGUCUUUAUUGAAUAUUACCUGAUAUGGAAAGUGUAUCAGACAGUUCCGGCACUCAGAAAGAAGAAAGAUCUUUCUAAACAUGAUGACAGGGAAACUGUGGUAGAAGAGGUGGAGCUGAAGGAAGAAACAUUAGCAACUACUGAUGUUGAUGUUAAUGCUAAAGAAAUAAGUUCUGAAGACAAUAGGACCGAUGGUAUACCGGAAGAAUCAUCUGCUGAAAUACAAGUUACAGCAGAGGAAGCAGCUGUAGAAGAAACAAAACAUGGAAAAGAUAUUGAUUUCGACGACGAGAAGAAGGAUAAAGAGAAAGAUUGCAGUGAUGAUAGCAAAACAGGCAAAGGAAAGGUCGUGAGUAAAGAAUCUAAAGAUGGAGGUUGUAAAUUUGGAAAGGGUUUUAUAACCUUGUAUAGAGGAUGGAGAACCUACCUUCACUAUGGCGUGUGUAAUGCUGGCCUUGGUUUAGCCUGCCUGUAUAUGACAGUUCUUGGGUUUGACAACAUUACUGUUGGUUAUGCUUACUCACAGAACAUCUCUGAAUCAAUCCUUGGGUUUCUGAUGGGUGGGGCAGCAAUCGUCGGUAUCGUAGGGACGUUUGCUUAUCCUUUUAUUAGACGAAGGAUAGGCCUUGAGAGAACAGGAUUGUUCGCACUAACAGCACAGAUUACAUGCCUCAUCCCUUGUGUUGUGUCCGUCUUUAUGCCUGGAAGUCCCUUUGAUAUUUUGCACAGAAGCAAAGAACCGAUCCUUAUAGAGACAAAUUGUUCUGUAUCUGCAGAAAGUGCUUAUAAUGCAACAAACCAGCUUAAUGUGACAUUAAUAAAUGUGACAGUUGUUACAGAUAAUGUCACAAACUCUUGUAUUGAUGAAUCAGACAGUUCUUUCUCCUAUAUAUCUAUAGCCUUAUUGAUGACUGGCAUCAUUACAGCUAGAUUUGGGCUAUGGACAGCAGAUUUAACAAUAACUCAGUUGUUUCUAGAGAAUGUUGAAGAACAGGAACGAGGUAUAGUAAAUGGUGUUCAACAAUCUUUAAACAGAUUAAUGGAUUUAUUCAAAUUUGCCAUGGUUGUUGCAGCUCCAGAGCCCCAGUUAUUUGGAUUUCUGGUAUUUAUUUCAUUUGGAUCCGUAUGCCUUGGUGCAGUUCUUUAUGCCACUUAUUCUCGCAAAGCUAGGGGACAUUUGUUUCAUUUUGAAAAAGUAAUAAAAUGUGUAAAUAACAAUGAACAAUAUGUGACAUCUGUUGCUGCAUAAUUUGACUUUAGGUUGACUAGGAUAAUAUUUAUAGGUGACAGUUUACACCAGGUGCAGACACACAAUGUAAGUGAUUUAUUGAAUACUUUUACGUUUUAUUCUGAUAUGUCAAAUGGUUUGACCAAUGCACCAACUGCCUUUCACUGAUUUAUAUAAUAAUUUGAAGGGCUUCACCACAGCACCAUUAGGGCAAAUGUUAAUACUGUUCAGACCAGCAUUUUGUAAAAAUAUUUUAAGUGUGCUUGGCAUAACCAGGGUCCAUAAUUAAUAUAUUAUUACCAAGGUUCAGAUUUUUAUUGGGAGGGUGUUGAGGGCUUGACAUCAGUCUGUUUUUAUUAGGGGGGUUGGAUGGGCGAAUAGUUAGUGCGUGCACGCUGUAUCAUAAGGUCUGUCAUUGAGUCAACUGGUGUGGCAAGGUGUAGGGUCGCCUGUCCAACCUCCGGGUCCUUCGGUUUCCUCCCACUGCUAAAGACCCCUAAGCGCAUGCAAAUUAUUGAAAUAAAAUUGAGCCAUAUGUUGGUCCCGAAAUCUCUCUUUUAUUAGAAACCUUCAAAAUUUUAAUAUAGCCUACCGAUCACUUGGUAAUAAUGUUAUUUUCAUGUACCAAGCAGCUCUGUUUAGGUGGGAAAUUUAUUACUGGUAUACACUAUACAAAUGAUUUUAGUGGAUUGUUAUGUAAAAAUUACAAGUCAUUGUUGUGUUGUAUCUGUUGUAAACUGAUAAAUGGCCAAUUUUCCAUUAAAGAGCUGGCAGUUCUCACUAUAAUAGUUAAAAACUAGAUAAUGUAAAGGGAAUUUGCUGAAAAUUUCAGCCAAAUUGUUCCACUCUGAUCCGAGAUUUUAGCGAUUGAAUUUUCGGCCUAGCCUUGAUCAUCAUUACUAAAGUCGGUACGAUAAAAAACAUAGUCUUGAUUACCUAUUUCAUGAUUAAAUCGGAUCCUAAUCCAAUAAAUAUCACUGGCUAGCGUUGACAUCGAGAGUUGAUUAUGGUCUGGAUAAGUUAAUUAAUGUCUAAUUAAUAAGUUAGAUAACAUUUCAGGCCCCCCAAAAGACCUGCAAUAUAUGUUUAAUUAAACAAUUUUCACGUAUGAAGGCAAACACUGGCGAACAGGGACAUAUUUAAAAUAUCAUUAAGUUUAUACAUGUACAUGUAACAUGUAUUAAUACCUUAAAGAUACAUUAUGGGAGAUUGGAUAAAGAGCUGGCAGUUAUCACUAUACUAGUUAAAAAUCAGGGAAUGUAAAGGGAAUUUGCUGAAAAUUUCAGUCAAACUGAUCCAUUCUGAACCGAGAAUUUAGCGAUUGAAUUUUGGGCCUUGCCUCAUCAUCAUUAAUUAAUAAUUUAGAUAACAUUUCAGGCCUAAAGAAAGACCUACAAUUGGCAUAUUUAGCUCUUGCAUAAUGUAUGUUUAAUAUACUUGUUUUUGAUAUAGGUCAUUUCGGGACUAACAUAUGGUACAAUUUUAUUUCUUUGUAAUAUCUGCAUAAUAUUAUUUGUGCAAGAGAGAGAGAUAAAUCGAUUUUCAUAAUGUCCACCGAACACAAACUAGGUCAUUUCGGAGUAACAUAUUGUUAUCAUUAUUAUUACCUAUGGUAUGUUGUAUUUAUAUUUUUGUACAAUGCUCAUAUUACAUAUAAAAGAAAUUGGCCAAAUUAUUAUAUACCAUCUAAUUAAUAUCAUAAGUUGAGAUAUGUAUAUAAUUAUAUGUUGUAAUGGAUGUGCUACAUAGGGAGGGUUUGCUUAAUAUUUUUACAACACCUGAUGCCACUUUUAUAUUUACAUGAAUUUCAUCUUGUAUAUAAAUACACAGGUCAAAACCCUAAUUGUUCAAAAUUUAUACCUCAAAACAAAUAUGAGUAAAUUAUUGUUUUUAGUUUUACAUUUCAAAUUGACUCGGUUACUAUAGCAGCAUUAACACAAGAUUUUGUAUGUAGAAAGUAAGAUCUAAGCAACACCAAUGGGUUCCUGUAACUAAGGACAAGACUAAUCUAAGCUAUUCAUUUGAGAAUAGAAAAUAAUGAAAAAAUAAUGAUAAGAAUAAUAAUUUAUGUAAAUUUAUGUAAAUAAUAUAUUUUAAUUUGUAUUUGUCAUUAUUAGUGCACAUUAUACUUUAAUAAUCACACUGUUUGUUGUUAUUUGCAUAAAUGUUUACUUUACCAUCUGAGAAUAGGAGAAAAAAAAAUUAUUGCUGUAAAUUGAUUUUAUAAUUAAAUUUUAAUUUCCAUUGUUGGUUAUAUUUUUUAUAAUAAUAAUACCAUGUUAAUUGAAUUAUAUAUACAAAUGAUUGUAAAAAUAAUAACAGAUGAUUGUAAAAACGAAUUUAAUGAUUGUAAAUUGUGUAAAUAUUUUAGUAAAAAUUAAUUUGUAAUAAUAGAGGAAAUUGUAUUUUGGGAAAUAAAAACACACACACUGACCAAA